UGACGAGAACCAAUCAGAUUUCUGUGCGGUCGUCUGCGUUAGCAACUCACACCACCAUCAGACACCCAGCCUCAGACUGAGAGAUGGAGAGAUCAACACUCAUACUCACGAUUCUCUUGUACGUUGCGUUCUCCGGUCAGAAUAGGAUCUCCGGAGUAGAAGAGGAGAAGAGAGUCAUUCGUGGACAAAACGUCACUCUCCUCUGUGACUGUGAAAUACACAGGGGGUCGAAUGUCGCCUGGUUUAGGAACUGUUCACACUCGUAUCAACCUACUCUCAAGCUCCCACCUGAGCCGUCCCGUUACACUUUAAAGUAUAAUGACAUGGAUAAAACGCACCACCUGGAGAUUACGGCCAUCACAGAAUCAGAUCAGGGUGUCUACUACUGCGCUCGGGUUACCGCUGGUAACUACUACUAUAGAAACAAGACAACUCGACUCUCUGUUAUCGACACGGAUGUCUCUGGUGCCGAGCUCGUGUCAAUGCGUAGUGUCUGCUGGACCCUGCUGUUCGUUGGGUCUCCUGUGUGUGUUCUCCUCUCCUCCACCUGUGUGUACUGUUUCUAUAGUAAUAUAAAGAGAGAAUCCAGAAAGAACAAUGAAUAUAUAUAUGAGGUGAUCUGUGCUGAGGAGCAUGAGUGUGAGAGGACUGUGAAUGGAGAGAUCUGUGACCACACUGAAGUCUUCUACACACCUCAGAUAUCCUCACUCAAAUCAGAAUAAACACAGCAAGCUAACACACACAUAUUCAGUAAUGAGUUUUCUGUGUCGGAUCGUCAUUGGGUUGCCAUGUAAGGCUUCAGGGUAGACUUCAUGGUAAAAUAACAAACCAAACAGUCCAGGAGGGAGUGAACAUGAGCACACAAACAGGUUCUAGAGUCCAGUGUUUUUGUGGAGCCAUUUGGACAUUUUGCUGAGGGAUCCAACAGUAGCUACUUGGCAGUGGUGGGGUUUGAACCAGCAAUCUUCCAUUUAUAAGGCAAGUACGUUAACCACUGAGCUACCGCUGCCCUGCUACUGUCUCCUGCACCUGCAUCGAGCCCACUUCUGGUUCUGGGUCAAGUUUCUCCUCCUGUUAUGAUCAGGCUUCUUUUCCUGGCCUGACCCCGGCUCUCGAACCAUCUGCUACCCAGACCUUUGACCCAGACCUUCCCGAUAAAUGUCAGGAUGCAAUCAGCUUCAUUAUUCUCCCAAAUCUUCUGUGAAUCG